AUGCAUUCUCUUUCGUUUCCAUCUUCUUCUUCCGCCCUUCUACCUUCUCUGUUUGCCUUCAAUUCUUCGCAUCUUCUCUCUUUGCAACCAAGGAAGCUAAAUCGUCUUCGAAGUCACUUCUUUUCUCCUAAACUUGUUUCAUUCUCACAGUCUGAUCGUUACAAAGCGUUUGCUGUUUCCUCAACCUCUCCUCCAGAGGAAACAGUCUCCGAGGACGAUUUCCAUGAGAAAGAUUGGUCCUUUCUCGAAUCUAUGGAGAUCGACUCCACUGAGCAUACCAAGAAGAUCGAAAAGAUCAUCGAGGCUGGAGAAAUAUCAGAAUCUUCGAGGAUUUUAGUUUCAGUUAGCUCAGAAGCAUUCGUUGAUCGUCUGGUGGAAUCUUCACCUUCUCAGCUCUUGCUUAUUGUCCAUGACUCCCUUUUUGUGUUGGCCUGUGUCAAAGAAAAAUACGACAAAGUCAAAUGUUGGCAAGGAGAAUUUAUCUAUGUCCCAGAGAAAUGGUCUCCGUUAGACGUCGUGUUUCUCUACUUUCUUCCGGCGUUGCCUUUCGAUCUCGACGAUGUGUUUAAGACACUGUCUCAACGUUGUUCCUCCGGUGCAAGAGUAGUGAUCAGUCACCCGCAAGGAAGAGAAGGCUUGGAGCAGCAAAGGAAAGAGUUUGCAGAUGUGGUCGUCUCUGAUUUACCAGAUGAUUCCACAUUGAGGAAUGUUGCUAAGAAGCAUUCGUUCGAGCUAACCCAGUUUGUUGAUGAACAAGGACUUUACCUUGCUGUUUUGAAUUUCUCCGGACAAUAG